GACGGUCAACCCCAUGUAAACACCUCAACUACGAUAAACAUCUAGUACGUGAGUUAGCUCAAUUGGUGUAAUAUAAGGUGCAUCUUACGUAUUUCGUGAUCACUAGUCUGCAACAACUGAGACAAUUAAUUAAAAUAAGUUUCUUUUUAUGGAAAAUGAAAAAGGAACUAAAAUAAAGUCUGAUUAAAUUGUAUAAAAAUUAAACCCAAAUGAACUAAGACAUAAACAGGGGCCCUUGAAAACUCUUAACGUAGACUGUAGCCCCAGUCGAGACGGUAAGACGGUUUGAGCAACAGAGCGUUUUGUAAAACUCCUCAGGAUCAUAACGAAGCUUGUUAGUGUACUUUUGUUAAAAGAUUGUCAGUUGCAAGUGAAGACACCUUCUGAGCGAAGGGAGUGCAAAUGGAACUAAUGAGUUCUCUGUUGUUAUAUGCUAUAAUAACGCUCCUACCGCAGUCACUUGGACGUUCGAACAUUAAAUUGCCUCAAAACUCUGAUGUUAACCAUACGAGUGUAAUUAAAAAAAGGCCAUUAAUAGGAAAGAAUAUAAUUGUUAAUAUGCGCUCGAAACCUGUAUAUAGUAAAGUAAGUGAUCUUCAGUCAGUUUUUAUGGAUCCUGCUUGUAGAGGGUGUUAUAUUUGCAUGGAGAGAUCAAUAAAAGCUCAUAAAGUACAUAACAAAAUUGAUAUCAUGAAUAAUAACAUAGAGAAUUUGCAAGCUGAAUAUAUUGUUCAAAACAAGGCUAGAAGAGACAAGCGUAAAAUAAACUUAGAUAAAGUUGCUUCAAAACAAGACAACAAAGGAAAAAAGUCAAAAUCAAGAAAGAACAACCAAUCAGUUACUAUAAUCAAAUAUAAUGAUAAUAACAAAGUUUAUGCUUUAAAAAUAAAAGAAACAUACACAAAUAUUAUAGGUCGAAAAAAUACUACUAAAAUGGGGUCGACGUGUCAAGUGUAUAGCGUCGAAAAAUCUUCCCCUUGCGAAUCACAUGAAGCUGAUUUAAUUUUGUCCGUAUCGCAGAACAAAAUAAAUAAGAAAGGAAAAAAGGAACAGAGCAAAAGCAAUAGUAACGUGGCCGUAGUGAAACACGCAGUAGUAGCUCCUGAAUUUCGAAAACGUCAAAUAGACAAUUCACAGGUUCCGGAACAAAUAAUGCCUUCAAUAGAAGAAAUAUAUUAAAUCAUAUGUAUUUUCUAAAUAAGAAAAUUAAAAACGACAAUUAUAGUAAAAAAAUAUUAUCACAAGUAAGCAAAAAUAGUAGGUAUUGUAAGUGUUAUUCAGAUUUUUAUUAAGAACGGUUAUGUUAUGCAAUAUUAUCUGUUUUGCGGUGUAAUUAAUUAUAGCCACGUGUGGUAAUGAUUAACAAUGCACUAUUUGUCAUCCGCAGUACAAUAGGUAUAGCCAGAUAUGAACACUCGGUAGUUGACAACUAGUAAUGUAAUUUUAGAUGUCUCACUAAAUAUUCUUUAAAAUAGACUUUGUAAUACAAUAACCUCUUUUUAGUGUGUAUAAUAUAUCUGUCAUUUAUUUUUACUAAGAAAAAGGUCUUUCUUUUGUCAUUUUAGUAAAAAUUUUAAUAAUUUCAAUAAAAAAAUAUACAAAUGUAUUUUUCAUCAUCCUCCCCUUGAAUAAAGUAGAUUAGUAUACGCACAUAAAUUUUUGGUAUAAAACAAGGUGAAUUCAUAAAACAGAGUAUUGUCUGUCAUUCAAUAGAUCGUCAUAGAAAGGAUGGAAGUAGAGCUAAGAAUUGGAAUGAAAAACUUGUGUCAAAAGGAUCACGUACCACAUCAAGUUUUCCGAUAUCAGCAUUCUAACAAAAAGUUUGGUAAAGUCUGACGAAACACUUUAUAAAGUGUAGAAAGAAAGUAGUAGUGAUAGUUUUCUUACAGGCUUUAUUAGGAAGUUUUUAAAGGGUCUCGAUAGAUGUUAACGACUUUAGUAAUUACGGGAAAGCGGUAGAUUGUAUAAGGAUAAAAAUGGUUUAAAGUUUUUUUUUGUGCGAUCUUUAAUGAGCAUUAUUAAAUACGGUGUACCAAAUUGUUUCAAAAUAUUUUCAACGUAUAUAAAAAUAAAUUUUAGACUUAAUACCGCGGUUAAUUUUAAUAACUUUUAUAUUUUACGGCAUAUAAAGAUUUAGUUCAUCAAUUUCCUUCUUAAAAUU